AUGAAGUGGUUUGAAGUUGUUACCCUUGCUGUGUGCGUCCUCGUACCUGCCGCUCACUCCCAAUCAAAAGCCUGGUGUUAUCACCUCCCAUCCUGCAAUGACACAACCUGGCCAACAAUUUCCUCCCAGUAUUGCAACGGCACCCGACAGUCACCCAUUAACAUCGUCUCAGCAUCUGCCACACCGAACGACAAACUGACUGAAUUCACUUUUUUGAAGUAUGACGACACCUCCGCAAUGACGUCAAUAACAAAUACUGGCAACACAGUCCAAGUGACCCUUAAGAGCGGAGUUAAGAUUUCAGGAGGGGACCUGUCCGAGCAAUACGACAGCCUCCAGUUUCACUUGCACUGGGGCAACGGCUCCUCUGUCCCCGGCUCAGAGCACACAGUGGAUGGAAAGCGCUAUCCUAUCGAGCUGCAUAUUGUGAACAGCAAGUCAUCCUACAAUGGAAAUACAAAUCUAGCCGUCAAAGACUCCACCGGACUUUCAGCACUUGGUUUCUUUAUCGAGGUAAUGUCAGGCAACUCAACUGGCCAGCCGGAUAGCUGGCGCAAUUUGGCUUCUUACUUGCCCAACAUCACAGAAAAAGGCCAGAACGUUUCAAUUGCAGCCGGGUUUUCCCUGGACGACCUGCUUGUCGGUGUGGAUCGCACUAAGUAUUACCGCUACCUUGGAUCCUUGACGACCCCCGCUUGUCAGGAGGCGGUGGUCUGGACCGUUUUUAAGGAACCAAUUAAAGUCAGUAAAGAUCUAAUUGACCUCUUCAGCACCACACUGCACUUCAACGACAGUUCAUCACCAAUCAUGAUAAACGUCUACAGAAGCCUGCAGCCUGCACAGAAAGUCUGGACUCAGAGCAUCAAGGCCUCCGCCUCCACAACCUGCUUCUCCCUGAGCCUGCUACUUCUCAGUCUUGUACUGGGCUGGAUAAGUAAGCCGCGUGCAUUAGUUAAGGCCAACCCUUAUAGUGAUAAACUGAAGUUAGCAGUCACAGUGAACAGGGUAGACAUUGCCAAGAGUGAACUCUUUGAUGGCGACAUCCCGUGCAAGUCUCUGCUGUCCCAGAUCUGGUGGGGUGAUAUGAAGAGGAAAACAGAGAUUUGGAAGCUUCUGCUCGCGUUCUUCUGCCCGAUCCUCUGCUACACCAACCUCAUCUCCUUCAG